GCACUCAACAGAAUGCGCAGGCUGGAUGUGCAAUCCAAAAACCAAUUCUCCGAUCCUCUCCAAGGCACAAGAAACCUGAAGGUCUUUCAGACCGUAAUGAAAUGCAAUGUCAUAGUGCCCCAGAACCCGAGCUCUGAAAAUCUCCCAUGCUUAAAAGAAAAGAUCGGCCGAGCACUUUGACUGUGGUGCAGGCAUUGAGUGGCUCAAGGUCAAAGAACGUGCAAAGCCAUUCUACUCCCUUUCCCGUCACCCCAAAGCCAAAGCCUAUAUCUGACAAUGUACAAAAACAGAUCAAGCAGAAGAGAAAGCGGGAAGAAGUAGAAAGUGAAAGUGUCGCCAAGCCUUCUGGGAGUGGGUUGAAACUCCGAAAACGUGGAUGUGUUUCAAUGCACCGCGUUGUGAAACGUAAGAUAAAUGGACAGAAACCAAUGGUUUUGUUUAAUGAUAAGGGACAACCGUAUGGUGUGGCUGCUGCAGAGAUGCAAUCUUAUAUUGUAGUUUUGGCCAGGACAAAAGCUCCAAUAUGGUUUGACACUUGGAGGCAAGUUCCGGUAACCAUCAAGAACAAGAUUUGGAAAUCUGUCAUGUUGGGGUUCGACCUACCCCCUUCUGCACAAAAACUUGUGUUGCAGUCGGCGAAUUCGAAGUGGAAACAAUUCAAGAGUACCCUGACAUGUAAAUAUAUUCUUCCCUUUCGAGAUGAACCUGAGAGGCUGAGGACUCCACCAGAGGACUUCUCUUUCUUGGAGAAGAAUCAUUGGGAUAUUUUUGUUGCUGAUCGUCUAAGCCCCGAGUUCUUGGCAAAAACACACAGUGGAGAUGAGUCAGUCAUUGAUCGAUCUGUUACGUGGGUCCUUGCAAGGAAGGACAAAGAAGGAAAUUUCAAGAGUGACUCUACAAAACAGAAGGCGGAGGAAAUUAAAAAGGCCCCUAAAAGAUUGAAAAAGGCACAUGUUCAAGACGAUGAGGAAUGUGGCCAAGAGUUCCAAGUAGAAUUUGGUGCUGAGUAUCCACUGCAGUUGAAACGGCUAUGGUUGUGGGCUAAGGAAGCAUUGUCUGAUGAUAGAGCACAUACUUUUGUCCUUAAUAAAGAUGCCUUUGGGGUGGAAAAGAAGUUAUCAGUUUUUCUGAGUGAUAUACAUGCUCUGUGCGCUCGUGGCGAGAUGGCUGGAAGCAUAAUUACAAUAUACAUCCACUGCUUGUAUGAGCUUGUGAAAAAAACAAAAUGCUUCAGAUGAUCUCUUUCGUGGAUCCCGGCAUGGUAGGGACG